AUGAUUCAGAACACCCUCGUUCCGACUCAGACGCCCUCUACGUCCACAUCGAUGGCGCUAUUUGGGAUGGGUGGCGUUGGCAAGACCCAGCUAGCACUAUACUAUGCCCACCACAGCUCGAAUAGGUUCGGCAUCAUUCUAUGGAUUGCAGCAGACAAUGCCAUCACAAUCGGCCAGAAUUCCAGAGAGGCAAGCCCAUGGCUGAUCGUUUCCGACAACGCAGAAGACCUGCAGGCGCUUAAAGUUGCGUGGCCAGGAGGCUCACAUGGUUCCAUACUCCUUAUAACGAGGGACUUCGAUGUCGCACGGAACCCUGCAGCCGAGUGUCUACGGGUUGACCCCUUCGAUAGUGCAGAGGGCUCCGUUAUACUAUUGAGGCAAAUCGGCCUCGAUCUCGCUGUUACGGCCAAUAGCCAGCAUGCAAUCGCAAUUACCGAAUCCCUAGGCGGCCUGCCGCUCCUUUGA